GUGCAACCGUGGGGUCGGAUGUAUUUUAAGUAUAUUAAAUAGACCACAAAGUAGUGAAAUGGAAAUACAUUGAUCAAUCUUCCGCCUCACCUCUUUCAUAAGUUACUAUUUUAUUAUCCUCUAAAACCAAAGGGGAAGCUUUAGUUUGCCUUAAUUAAGCUAGCUAGCACCUUCCUCGAACUUCAUAGUUCGCUUAAAACUCGAUCCUUUUCUAUCACAUAUAUAUAAAAGCUAGAAUAAUGGAAAAAGGGCUUGAUAAUUCUUCAUCAGUCUCUCUUCGCCAGCUGCGGCUGCCGUCUCAGGUGGUUGAUCUACCCGCAAAGCCGUCGCGUUUCAAGCGUAUCUGUGUUUUCUGCGGCAGCAGCGCCGGCAAGAACCCCAGUUACCAUCUCGCCGCUCUUCAUCUCGCCAACCAGCUGGUCGAAAGGAACAUAGACUUGGUCUACGGAGGUGGGAGCAUCGGCUUAAUGGGUCUGAUUUCCCAAGCUGUUUAUAAUGGGGGCCGCCACGUGUUAGGGGUGAUUCCUAAAACUCUGAUGCCAAGAGAGCUCACGGGAGAGACUGUUGGGGAAGUGAGAGCGGUUUCCGGUAUGCAUCAACGGAAAGCCGAAAUGGCUAAGCAAGCUGACGCUUUUAUUGCCUUGCCCGGUACCUACUUCUUCUUUUUCGGUUUCCUUAGUAUCGUUCUUUUCCAUUAUUUCAACUAAAAUAACGACUAUAAAACUUUUUUUAACUCUUAUGCAAAUAAUAAUACGGAUCGGAGUAGUAAAUAUUAAUCUUAAGAACACGAUCCACAACACACAAUUGACCACAACCACAACAACAUGCAAUAAUAAUAUUAAAGUGAUAUGUGGUAAUAUAAUACAUAUUCAUUCAUUAAAAUGACUCCAUAUGUAUAUGUAUAUCAUUAUCAUUAUAUUACUAGUAGAGAGUAUUAUUAAGUAGUUGUAUUCAUACAAAACCCAUUUUGUUAGUUCAAAUUAUCCAAUAUGGGUGUCACUUUUUUUAAAAAUUAUUCAUUAUGAAAUUUUAUGUAGUAAUUAAUUAAGUAAUUAAUUACUAUUCCCUACUUAUUAAUUAAAAGUUCUUUUUAUGGAUGCAUUUAUAAUUGCCGUGACUUUUUUGUUGUUAUUAUUGAGGUCAAUAUCAAUCAGUUUCGCGAUGAGAAGCCUGGCCAGCACAUCUAAAUACGUAAUUAGUGGAAAUCGUACCGUCAACAACUAACAAUAUAUAAUGUUCAUAUAAAACGUUACGGGGGUUACGGAACGUUGGAGGAGCUUCUAGAAGUCAUCACUUGGGCUCAGCUUGGUAUUCACGACAAACCGGUAGGUCUGCUGAACGUAGAUGGGUACUAUAAUUCACUUCUGUCUUUCAUAGACAAAGCUGUCGACGAAGGAUUCAUCGCCCCUUGUGCCCGUCACAUUAUUGUGUCUGCCCAAACUGCCCAAGAACUUUUGUCCAAACUUGAGGAUUAUGUUCCAAAGCACAAUGAGGCAGCACCAAAGUUAAAAUGGGAGAUGGAGCAACAAUUGGGUUUCGCAACGGCCAAAUCCGAAAUUGCUCGUUGAUCGAGAGACCUCAUAUAUCAAUUAUUAUUAGUUACUACUUUUAUUAUUACUAUUAAUUAUUGAAUGAUCUAGCUAAUUGAUUAAUCUUUUAUAAUUACAUACAUAUUGUACAGUUAGGGGUGGAAUCGCGCAUUCGAGUAUGUAUGUAUAUAUGUAAUAGGGCACUAGCUAACUAGCUUUAAGCUUAACAGCAUUUUCAAUUAUUCGACAUUUAUUCAUCUUGUAGCUAUAUAUUUUCCCACACGAGUUUAUAUAUUUCCAUUUUGGCUUGAUUCACUAACUUUUACCUGUAUUCGUAUGUGUUUGUUGAGUUAAAUUGGGGAAAAAUUAUGGUAU